AUGUCAGCAUCCAUGUGGCACGUGGCUGAGCAGCGUAAUGUGAUGCAGUAUGGGAAGCUGGAGGAAUUUGUGACUUUGGUGACAGAGAUAGUUCCAGAGCUGUUAAGCUCCAGGCAGAGGACCCAACUCAUUCUAGGACUGAGAGCAAGGCUGGUUCUUGAGUUGUGCUGUGGUAAAGAGGACAUGGUGGACCAUCAAGCCAUCCAACGCCACUUGGAUAGAAUCCAGUCAUGCACAGUAAAGCACAAAGUGAGCAAAAACAAGAAAGUGGAGGCAUCAAAGUCUAACUUUGUGGAGCUGGUCCAAACCCUGCUGGAAGACCCAGCGAAGAGGGAGCACUUUCUUCAGGAGGUGUUCCCAGUGCUGUACGGCACUAAGUAUGACACGGCACUGCAGAUUCUGGUGUGGGAGUUCUUCUCCAGACUGGAGGAGCUGCUGCUGGUACCCAGCUUUACACAGACAGCAUCUCGUCUCAGCCUUGCCUUCUCUGGCCUGGAGGAGUGUGUUCAGUCUGUCUCUGACCCUGAGCACCUGAAGACACUGCUACAGCAUCAAAGACACCUGGGACACCUUAACAGAGAUCAUUUGUUCUACGACUCUGACACCAUCCAGUCCGCUCUGAUCCUCACUUCCUUGGCAGAACCGGAUAGUGACAUGUCCUCCCAGGUCUUCUCCUGCACCCUGUGCCCAUUCUCCCACAGGAGAGAGGUGAACCUUCAGCAGCACAUCAGAAAGGAACAUCUAACAGAGGAGGACAGCAGGAACCUGGACUCUGGCGGAGCUGAGAACUCACUGCCAUCCAGUCAAACAAUACAGAGACCCUUAAUCAAGACAACCAAGAAGUACAUCUGCUUUAAAUGUGGAAAGGGUUUCAGAAGCCCAUCGGACCUGAAACGACAUAAGGGUGUUCACACAGACAUGCAGCCGUUCCAUUGCAAUCAGUGUGAUAAAAGAUUCAAAGCGAAGGGUAGUCUAAAACAGCACCAACGAGUUCACUCAGGAGAAAGGCCUUACGAUUGCUCACAUUGUGGCAGGGGGUUUAGGACAUCAGAUAUCUUCGUCUCAUUUACGCAUUCAUACUGGGGAGCGACCUUAUGGGUGUACAAUAUGUGGGAAGAGAUUUAUUCAACGGCAAGUACUAACAAGACACAUCAGGAUGCACAGUGGAGAGAAACCAUACUUGUGUAGCAUUUGUGGAAAGACCUUUGCUUGCUCAGGGGAACUGAUGGUACACUCAAAGAUCCACACAGGGGAACGACCGUAUCAUUGUGAACAAUGUGGGAAUACUUUGUCUAGCAAGUAAACUGAAAGUGCAUCAAUGAAGUCAAUCAGGCGAACGCCCAUACCCCUGUACACAGUGCCCCAAAGGCUUCUCCACCUCCACCAGACUAGUGAAACACAUGCAAAUUCAUACUGGGGAGAGACCUUACCCAUGUGUAAAGUGUGGCAAAAGAUUCUCUGAAAGGGGAAACAUGAGAAUACAUCAAUGAAUGCAUGAAAAAGAGAGAAAAAGGCGACAAAUGUAUUGAUAAACCAACACCAAGCUGUUGAAAUGUUAUUUGGAGAUUUUGCUCUGUAUAGUUCUCUGCUACAUCUUCAGGUGAUUAGGACAUGUUUGUAGAUCUUCUAAUUUGUCAUAAUACCAGGCGGUGUAACUUACUUCAGAGAUGAUUGGCAAAAUUUGUGCUCUAAUUAUUGUAACCAUUCUGUAAAAUGUUAAAGUUAUGUCUGGUUAUAUGCAAACAGAUUUGAUUUUACCCUGAAAAAAUUCUGAGUUCAAUGCUACCCAGUUGGAAAACUAACAAUGGGCAAAAACACUAUUAUAAACCACAUUUCUAAUAUAGUAGGACAUCUUAAACAAUACCCUAAAAAAGAAGUGUUUACACACCUGGCACCACCUUGUACAGUGGGGAGAACAAGUAUUUGAUACACUGCGGAUUUUGCAGGUUUUGCUACUUACAAAGCAUGUAGAGGUCUGUAAUUGUAUCAUAGGUACACUUCAACUGUGAGAGACGGAAUCUAAAACAAAAAUCCAGAAAAUCACAUUGUAUGAUUUUUAAGUAAUUAAUUUGCAUUUUAUUGCAUGACAUAAGUAUUUGAUACAUCAGAAAAGCAGAACUUAAUAUUUGGUACAGAAACCUUUGUUUGCAAUUACAGAGAUCAUACGUUUCCUGUAGUUCUUGACCAGGUUUGCACACACUGCAGCAGGGAUUUUGGCCCACUCCUCCAAACAGACCAUCUCCAGAUCCUUCAGGUUUCGGGGCUGUCGCUGGGCAAUACGGACUUUCAGCUCCCUCCAACGAUUUUCUAUUGGGUUCAGGUCUGGAGACUGGAUAGGCCACUCCAGGACAAUGAGAUGCUUCUUACAGUCCACUCCUUAGUUGCCCUGGCUGUGUGUUUCGGGUCGUUGUCAGGCUGGAAGACCCAGCCACGACCCAUCUUCAAUGCUCUUACUGAGGGAAGGAGGUUGUUGGCCAAGAUCUCGCGAAACAUGGCCCCAUCCAUCCUCCCCUCAAUACGGUGCAGUCAUCCUGUCCCCUUUGCAGAAAAGCAUCCCCAAAGAAUGAUGUUUCCACCUCCAUGCUUCAUGGUUGGGAUGGUGUUCUUGGGGUUGUACUCAUCCUUUUCCUUCCUCCAAACACGGCGAGUGGAGUUUAGACCAAAAAGCUCUAUUUUUGUCUCAUCAGACCACAUGACCUUCUCCCAUUCCUCUGGAUCAUCCAGAUGGUCAUUGGCAAACUUCAGACGGGCCUGGACAUGCGCUGGCUUGAGCGGGGGGACCUUGCGUGUGCUGCAGGAUUUUAAUCCAUGACGGCGUAGUGUGUUACUAAUGGUUUUCUUUGAGACUGUGGUCCCAGCUCUCUUCAGGUCAUUGACCAGGUCCUGCCGUGUAGUUCUGGGCUGAUCCCUCACCUUCCUCAUGAUCAUUGAUGCCCCACGAGGUGGGAUCUUGCAUGGAGCCCCAGACUGAGGGUGAUUGACCGUUAUCUUGAACUUCUUACAUUUUCUAAUAUUUGCGCCAACAGUUGUUGCCUUCUCACCAAGCUGCUUGCCUAUUGUCCUGUAGCCCAUCACAGCCUUGUGCAGGUCUACAAUUUUAUCCCUGAUGUCCUUACACAGCUCUCUGGUCUUGGCCAUUGUGGAGAGGUUGGAGUCUGUUUGAUUGAAUGUGUGGACAGGUGUCUUUUAUACAGGUAACGAGUUCAAACAGGUGCAGUUAAUACAGGUAAUGAGUGGAGAACAGGAGGGCUUCUUAAAGAAAAACUAACAGGUCUGUGAGAGCCGGAAUUCUUACUGGUUGGUAGGUGAUCAUACUUAUGUCAUGCAAUAAAAUGCUAAUUAAUUACUUAAAAAUCAUACAAUGUGAUUUUCUGGAUUUUUGUUUUAGAUUCCGUCUCUCACAGUUGAAGUGUACCUAUGAUAAAAAUUACAGACCUCUACAUGCUUUGUAAGUAGGAAACACUGCCGAUUUUGCAGGUUAUCAAAUACUUGUUCUCCCCACUGUAUCUGUUGUGUUGUUUCCUAUAGACCCUAAAUGUAUUUAGAUUAUUUCAAAGUAAUUGAACAAUUGCUCAAUUCUAUUUAGCCUUUUUCCAUUGUUGCUCACUCCACUCGUUAACUUCACUAUAUACAGUGCCUUCGGAAAGUAUUCAGACCCCUUGACUUUUUCCACAUUUUGUUAGGUUACAGCCUUAUUCUAAACUGGAUUAAAUAGUUAUUUUUCCUUAUCUGUUUACACUUUGUCAUUAUGGGUUAUUGUGUGUAGAUUGCUGAGUAAAAAAAAAUAAAUGUGUAUCCAUUUUAGAAUAAGGCUGUAAUGUAACAAAAUGUGGAAAAGGUAGAGUGGUCUGAAUACUUUCUGAAUGCACUGUAGGUGAUUUGGUGAUGAACACAGAUUCAAUAAAAUGACCAUUAUUGUACUAACAAAGCGGGCUAGUGGUGUGUGUAGGGUCCAGUGAUUUGUGGACAUCUAUCAGCUUUGCCUUUCUCCCAGUGGCAUUUAAUUCCUCCAUGGAAUUUACGGUGAGUUACAAAAGUAUUGGGACAGUGACACAUUUUGUGUUGUUUUAGGUACGUACUCCAGCACUUUUGAUUUGAAAUGAUACAAUGACUAUGAGGUUAAAGUGCAGACUGUCAGCUUUAAUUUGAGGGUAUUUACAGUUGAAGUUUACAUGAACUGAGUUUAAUGCAUUUGGAUAAGGUGUUGCACAAUUCCUGACAUUUAAUCGUAGUAAAAAUUCCCUGUCUUAGGUCAGUUAUGAUCACCACUUUAUUUUAAGAAUGUGUAAUGUCAGAAUAAUAGUGUAGUGAUUUAUUUCAGUUUUUAUUUCUUUCAUCACAUUCCCAGUGGGUCAGAAGUUUACAUACAAUCAAUUAGUAUUUGGUAGCAUUGCCUUUAAAUUGUUUAACUUGGGUCAAAUGCUUCAGGUAGCCUUCUACAAGCUUCCCACAAUAAGUUGGGUGAAUUUUGUCCCAUUCCUCCUGACAGAGCUGGUUUAACUGAAUAAAGUGUGUAGGCCUCCUUGCUUGCACAAGCUUUUUCAGUUCUGCCCACACAUUUUCUAUUGGAUUGAGGUCAGGGCUUUGUGAUGACCACUCCAAUAGCUUUACUUUGUUGUCCUUAAGCCAUUUUGCCACAACUUUGGAAGUAUGCUUGCGGUCAUUGUCCAUUUGUAAAACCCAUUUGCGAUCAAGCUUUAACUUCCUGACUGAUGUCUGCUUCAAUAUAUCCACAUAAUUUUCCUUCCUCAUGAAGCCAUCUAUUUUGUGAAGUGCACCAGUCCCUCCUGCAGCAAAGCACCACCACAACAUGAUUGCUACCACCCCCAUGCUUCAUGAUUGGGAUGGUGUUCUUCGGCUUGCAAGCCUUCCCCUUUUUCCUCCAAACAUAAUGGUCAUUAUUGCCAAACAGUUCUAUUUUUGUUUCAUCAGACCAGAGGACAUUUAUCCAAAAAGUACAAUCUUUGUCCCCAUGUGCAGUUGCAAACCAUAGUCUGUCUUUUUUCUAUGGCGGUUUUGGAGCAGUGGCUUCUUCCUUGCUGAGCUGCCUUUCAAGUUAUGUUGAUUAUAAGACUCGUUUUACUGUGGAAAUAGAUACUUUUGUACCUGUAUCCUCCAGCAUCUUCACACGGUCCUUUGCUGUUGUUCUGGGAUUGAUUUGCACUUUUCACACCAAAGUACAUUCAUCUCUAGGAGACAGAACACGUCUCUUUCCUGAGUGGUAUGACGGCUGCGUGGUCCCAUGGUGUUUAUACUUGCGUACUAUUGUUUGUACAGAUGAAUGUGGUACCUUCGGGCGUUUGGAAAUUGCUCCCAAUGACGAACCAGACUUGUGGAGGUCUCAACAACAAACAAUUCUGAAGUCUUGGCUGGUUUCUUUUGAUUUUCACAUGAGGUCAAGCAAAGAGGCACUGAGUUUGAAGAUAGGCUGUGAAAUACAUCCAAAGGUACACCUCCAAUUGACUCUCAUUAUGUCAAUUAGCCUAUCAGAAGCUUCUAAAGCCAUGACACAAUUUUCUGGAAUUUUACAAGAUUUUUAAAGGCACAGUCAACUUAGUGUAUGUAAACUUCUGACCCACUGGAAUUGUGAUACAGUGAGUUAUAAUUGAAAUAAUCUGUCUGUAAACAAUUGUUGGAAAAAUGACUUGUGUCAUGCGCAAAGUAGAUAUCGUAACCGACUUGCCAAAACUAUAGUUUGUUAACAAGAAAUUUGUGGAGUGGUUGAAAAACGAGUUUUAAUGACUCCAACCUAAGUGUAUGUAAACUUCCGACUUCAACUGUACAUCCAUAUUGGGUGAACCUUUUAGACAUUACAGCACGUUUUGUACAUAGUACCCCCAUUUAGGGGACCAAAAGUAUUGGGGCAAAUUCACUUACACUGAGUGUAUAAAACAUGAAGGACCCGUUCCUAAUAUUGAGUUGCUCUGAACUCUGGAGGAGCUGAGAACCUACUGCCAUCCAAUGAAACAGUAAAGAACUCCUCAGCCAAGACGACGAAGAAGUACAUCUGCAAACAGUGUUCCACCGAAGGGCACAUGAUAGAACGUAAACAUGUUCACACAGAGGAAAAGCUGUUUCAUUGUGACCAGUGUGAGAAGAAAUUCAAAAAUCAAAGGGUACUUUAAUACUGCACCAAUGUGUCCACACAGGAGAAAGACCAUAUCUUUGCGCACAUUUUGGCAGGGGGUUUAUGACAUCUGGGACCUUUUAGCUUCCCAUAUACUUACUCAUACUGGGGAGAGACCAUUCACCUUUUCUAUAUGUGGGAGGAGAUUUAUCCAACAGCAAUUACUAACACACCACUUCAGGAUGCAUACAGGAGAGAAAUCAUGCUUACUGUAUGUAGCGUUUGUGGAAAUACAUUUUUUCAAGGGCCUUGUUGGUACACUCAUGAACACACACGGGUAAAUGCCCCCACAGCUGUCAACUUUGUGGGAAGAUGUUCAGAAUGCCUUGGAUGCUCAUGUUGCAACGAAGGACUCACACAGGCGAGCUCCCAUUCCCCUGCUCUAAUUGUGAGAAACACUUCAUGUCAAAAGCGCCCUUAGAUGACAUGCUUAUUCAUACUGGAGAGAAACCUCAUCCGUGUCUAUGUGGGAGGCGGUUUAAUUUGAGAAUCCAUAAAUAAAACUCAUAGUUCAGGUA